GCCCUCGGCUCCCGAAGCUCCGCGCCGCCCGUUUCUCUCUCUCUUUCUGCCUGCCUCUCUCCUGCUCCCCCAGGGGAUACUCGGGGUGGCCUUUGGGAAGAAGCCCCAAGAUGUGGCUGACGUUCUGGAGAGCCCCCGGGCGGCCCUGGGCUCUGAUAGCCGGCCUCGGCUUGGUGGUGGUGGCGACGGCGGCGACGGCCCGCUCCCUGCCUCUCUCGGACCCGGGACCGCACGUCAACUACGGCUGGGGGGAGCCGGUCAGGCUACGGCACCUCUACACGGCCAGCCGGCACGGGCUGUUCAGUUACUUCCUGCGGAUCAACAGCGACGGCCGAGUGGACGGAACCAGCGCCCAGAACCGACACAGUUUGCUGGAGAUCAGAGCGGUGUCGCUUCGCACGGUGGCGAUCAAAGGCGUGCACAGUUCCCGCUACCUCUGCAUGGAAGAAGAAGGGAGGCUGCAGGGGCUGCUGAGAUACUCGAGAGAGGACUGUUCCUUUGAAGAGGAAAUGCGUCCAGAUGGCUACAACAUCUACAAGUCAAAGAAAUAUGGGGUUUUGGUGUCAUUAAGUAAUGCCAGACAAAGACAACUCUUCAAAGGCAAAGACUUUCUCCCGCUGUCUCAUUUCUUGCCCAUGAUCAAUACUGUGCCAUUGGAAUCGAGAGAUUUCGGAGAACGCGAUAACAUUAAUCCACAUUACGAAUCUGAUUUUUUCAAUUCCCCUCUUGAAACUGACAGCAUGGAUCCUUUUGGCCUCACUUCAGAAGUGUCGUCCGUGCAAAGCCCUAGCUUUGGGAAAUAACAGUGCCGUGUAACUUUUGUCAUGCUCCAUGAUAACAAUUCCCAGCAAGCUGGCGGGAUGUAUUUGUAGCAGUGAUAUUUAAGACAUGGAAACAUAUUUAGGGGUGAAACUUUUACACACUCCACUCAGAGAAUCCUUCUAAAAAGAUGCUGUUUAAUUCAGGAAUGACAAAAAAUGUGA